AUGCCAGCCGAUUACCAGUCAACGGCCCAGGGCCUCUCCGUCUCCCCGUCACUAUCACGCUCGUCAUCACCACGAACAUGGACGCGUGGCGAGGACAACGACGACGAAGCUGACAGGAAUCCCAACAACCAGCGCCGCCUGUCGACCGCUCCGUUCCGAUCCGUCGCGCUGCCGACCGGGUCACAGUCAUCGUCCGAGUCCGUUGUGGAGCGUGCAUACGCGUACGCCCAGUGGGCCAACAACUAUAGCUGGGAGAUGUGGAAUCGGUCGACUCCGCUGCAGCGUGUGCUCGGCGGCCUGUCCGUCGCCAUUUUAUGUAUCCUGCUCAUCGUGGGAUGGAUCUUCAGCCACAGGGUGUUCGGGUGGCUGGGCGAGGUAUCGGAGUCAUGGCGCGCCCUCCCGGGCGGCUGGCUCAUCGUCUUCCUCCUGGUCUGCAUGACCUCUAUGCCGCCAAUGAUCGGAUACUCGACCGCUUGCACCAUCGGCGGCUUCGUGUACGGCUUCCCGCUCGGGUGGCCCAUCGUCGCGUCUGCCUGCGUUGUCGGCAGCCUGGCUUCCUUCAUGGCCUGCCGUACCAUCAUGAGUCGUCGCGUCCACCGCUUCAUAGGCUCCGACCCGCGCUUCGUCGCCCUGGGCGAGGUCCUCCGCCGCGAUGGCAUUCUCUACCUCACCGGCGUGAGGUUCUGUCCCCUCCCCUUUAGCAUCAGCAACGGCUUCCUCGCCACGUUGCCUAGCAUAACCCCCUUUUCCUUUGCCCUCUCAACUGCUAUUUCAAGUCCCAAACUUCUCGUCCACGUCUUCAUCGGUAGCCGUCUCGCCAUCCUGGCCGAGAGCGGCGACGACAUGUCCUUUGGCGACAGACUGAUCAACUACCUCGGAAUGGCUGCCGGCGGCGCCGUCGGCGUCGCUGUGGGAUGGAUCAUCUACAAGCGCACCAUGACCCGGGCCGCCGAGCUGGCCCGCGACAAUCUCACUGAGGAGGGUCGCGCUGGGGGCCUGUCUCCCUCUCACACUCUCCCGGCCGACUACGCCGAUCAGGAGGAAGGGCUUAUCGACCCGGAGGAUGCUGCCGCGCUCAUGUCUGACGAUGAUAUAUCCCUAUGGGAGACACCUGCUGCUGACCCAGUCGGUUAUGGCGACGAUUACAAUGAGGAUAGCAAGAAGAUCAAGCGCCAGAGGCAAGACUCUUGGUAG